GAAGAAGUGGUGGCGCAACACAGUUUAGCUAGCGCUAGUUAGUGACAACUGCUUCAUCCGCUGUAACGGCAGGACUUGGCUUCAUUUACUGUCCUUCCAGGUUUUCUAAUGUCAGCCUUUAACUCCGGUGACAACGUCGCACAAUGUUUGAGGAUCCUGAACUCCAAGAUCCGUUGACAUUGAAUCUAAGUGUAAGUGAAGGUGACCAGAACUCAUCAGGCCACGGCUCAAAAAAAGUCCCAGUGAGCCCGGACUAUAAUUGUGGAACACCAGAUAUUCAGGUGAUCAUCAAGGAAGAAGAGGAAGGCUGGACUGUGAGUGAAAAUUAUGAGAACUUAUCAGAAAAGGAAAGAGAUGCCACUUCCACACUCAUUUGUCAUCCCCACUUCAAAGCACAUGAGAAGGAGAGUUCUGUUUCAUAUGGAUUAAAGAGACACCACAGACUGGAUUCUGAGGAGAAAUGCUCUGAAGAAUACAAUGACCCUGGUUACUGUGGGCAAAGUUCAUCUGAGGUCAGCCAGAGACACAUGGUCAUAGACUCUGAUGACAGACCCAAACUGUCCUAUGUUUGUAGAAAGGAGUCCGGAAAUGUGACUGUUUUUCAGUGCAAUAACACAGCAGAGAGACAUUCAUCCUGCCCAGUACAUGAGGUAAUAAAAACCCAGGAGGGGACACAUGCUAGGGCCGAGCAGCAGAGCUCCGUCUACAUCAAGUGCCUCUCUGAAAGAGAUCCUGAUAAGACUGUGUUGUCAUUGGGAGCAGAUCUGAACCCUGGGAAACAAAGCACAUCUCUGUCAGAAGACGCAGAACUACAUCAGAUGAAAAGAUCAAUACCUUGCCAAGCACAUUCUACUGAGCACAAGCCGCUGAUGUCAGAUGGACACAAAAUAGCAUCUACAAAGUUAGAGGACCAAACACUACAUUUGACUGUUAGACUACAAGAUGGGGAAGAUGAAGAACAGAGGGAGCAAGAUGAAGAAAUUGGUGGUUUAAUCAACUCUGAUGGGGAGGUCAUUGAAUGGGAUGCGAAUAAUGUAAAUGUGACCAAGGUCUCCAACCAGGCAGAACGUCCUCAUCCUAGUAAGACUACCAACAGUGUUUUUGGGUUUCAACGGUUGUACUCACAGGGCGGUGUCCUGUCCGAGUCUCAAGGCCAAAGUCAGAGGGACAGCAGAAGUCCAACACUUGUCAUGGAAGUGUCUGUGGAGGAUGAAGAAGAAAGGGAGGAAAAAGAAAGAGUACUUAAGAUGACAACUGUUGCACCCUUGUGUCGUGAAGGAAAUAGACCUAGAAGAAAGACCAAAGCGCCAGGAAUAAGUGUGGUAUCACAGGAUGUUGAAGACGAAGAGAAAGUUCCUGCAAAUCCUGUACCAAGGCGGACCCGAAGAAAGAAAGCUUUCCCCGCUACAGUAGAAUCAGAGGAAAUAAAAAGAAGUGUUCGCUCUGUUGCAGCCAAGCGACCUUACAGAAAAAGGAGAGAUGUGAAAUCUGCUGAAGGAGCAGGAGGAUCCACAGGUGCUUCAGGGAAGAAACGACCUGGCAGAAAGAUGGUUCGUAUACCAGUGGAAAUACCUCCUGAACUCCUAAAGAAGCCCAAAGAGAAGAUUGACUACCACUGCUCAGUUUGUGGUAAAGAGUUCCCUCAUGCCUACAAACUGGAGAGACAUGAGCUGAUUCACACAGGAGAGAAACCCUACAACUGCUCCAUCUGUGGCAGAGGCUUCAACCAGAAGGGAAAUCUCAAAACGCACUACAAAGUCCACUUAGGUCAUAAAGGAGCUCAGGAUUAUGAUGAGGCGAAUCCUAUAGCAUCAGAACUCUCAGAAUACUUGAAGUCUCUGCCAGGAGAGUCCAGGAUCAGGACAUCGUUGCGCUGCCUGGAAUGUGGGAAAGACUAUGAGAGUCAGUCUGCUUUACAAGCUCAUCACAUUACUACACAUUCCGAAACAUCUGCUGAACCAGACAGAGUCAGGUACAGUGGAUCACAGCUGCUUUUCUGCCGUCGAUGUAGCAUCCAGUUCAAUGACAAAGACAAGCUGGAAGAACAUUUGAAAACUCAUGUGAAGGAGAAGCCGUACUCAUGCCCUGACUGUGGGAAGAGGUUUAUCAAUGAGAGCUACAUCCAGAUACACCAGCGGAUCCACACAGGGGAGAAGCCUUUCCUGUGCUCACAGUGUGGCAGAGGCUUUCACACCGCCUCCUCUCUCAAACUCCACGAGAUGCAACACACAGGGGAGAGGCCGUUUGCAUGCUCCAUCUGUGGGAAGACAUUUCGGAUCAACUCGUACCUAACAGCACAUUAUCAGACCCACAUGAAAGACAGGCCGUUCAUCUGCAGUGUCUGUGGGAAAGGUUACUCCAGAGCUGAGGAGCUAAAGGUGCACCACAGACUUCACACUGGAGAGAGACCCUACGAAUGUGGCGAGUGUGGGAAGAGCUUUAUCUAUCGCCAGGGACUACGGCAGCAUCAGCGCACGCACGCCGGAAGACGCAUUGGGCCAACCAGACAGCUCGGCAGACCAAAGCAACAGGCCAGGGUGGACAUCUGAGGGUUGGACUGUGGACACCUUUUUAUUUACAGAACCAUGUUGCAUUCAUUAAAGAUAAACUAAUUAGAUGCCUUAUCUUGUGAAUAUGACAUUCUUAUCUCAUAUGUUUGGCAAAAGAGCUCGUAAUCUGGUAAUUAUGACAGAAUUUAAGCCUAAUUAUCAAUCUUCGCUACACAACAUGGAGUUUUUUUAGGGGGCGAAAAGGCCUCUUAUUUGAAAUUGAGAUUAACGUCAUUCAUUCUCUAAAGCCCAGAAUUCACAGAUUACCUCACACCUGUUCUGUUGAUGUUCAUGUUAACAGAUUAUAGCAGCCCCUCUGCUUGCUCAUACACUAUUCACUGUUCACCAGCAGUGAUAUUUAAGGAAUAAGCAUUGUGAUGAGUAGAAAUGUAGACAGUAAAUCUGAUUAAAGCAGUUCAAGAGUCAAAGUCUAAUGGCAAUGAGGAUGAAGGAUUUUCUGUAAUGCUCAGUCCUCCAGGGCAAUGAGGUGAUUCGUCUACUGCAGGUUGAUUAGAUUGUGGUGAAGUGUAAUUUCAAUUGUCCAUGAUGUCCUCCUCCUUAUGAAUUGUACAUGGCUCCACCAGAGCCUUCUGUGAGCUCCUCUGCUUUCCCAACACCAGCCGACUUGGCGUCUUUGUGUUUGAUGGUCCCGCCCCAGCAGAUUGCAUCAUAGAAAAGCACACUUUCCUUGACCAGUUGGUAAAACGUCCCUGCAAGAAAUAGUAAUCUGUCACUUUCAACACAGUACAUCUGUGUUUGAGGACCCCUCCAUCUUGUUGUUCAAAUGCAUUUCAAGAUAGUUGUAUGUUGGUAUAUUGUUAAUGUAUCCACCACGUGAUUUUAUGAAAUCCAUGACCAUUUCUUUGGUUUUGGGGGUGCUUAUUAGGAGGCCUUUUUUUUUUUUUUCUAAACUUCACUGAUAGCUUUGGUCAGGUUCCUAUUCUCUGAACCCUUUCUUUCUGUCCAUGUCUGAUACACACCACAGGGCAUGUAUGUACAUAAUUCUGGAUGAUACAGGAUUCAGAGUUGUACUUAAAGUCCACUGUGUACAGUGUGAACAGGAAGGGAGCCAAAACAGGUCCCUGUGGAGCACCAGUGCUGCUCAUUACUGUCCCCCUGUGUGAGGGGUUCACACAUUUUGAUAGCACACUCCUUCAGCUGCCUAAAACACACACCACCUACGCUAAUUAAAGUUUUUGUCUAGUGAAGUAAUAAUAUCUGGUAAGUUCAUUACACGUUAGUAAUUAUAGCUUUUGAUUACUAAUGUGUGAUUAAUUUAUUUGUAACUACAUAUCUGAAUAGAUGAUUGCAGUUUUUCCAUUAGCAUCAUUGUGACCUAGUGCCUCCAAAUUUCAAAACUAUGGUGAACAAACUAGGCAAAUCUUUCUUUAUUGGAUUUAGUAUUCCUUGUAUUUCAUACCAUUCAUCCAUCCAUCCAUCCAUCCAUUUUCAUCCGCUUAUCUGCAUCCAGGUUGCAGGGGCAUCAGCCUGAGCAAAGCCCAGAUGUCCCUCUCCCUGGCCACCUCCUCUAGGUCCUCCGGGGGGAUUCCAAGGCGUUUCCAGGCCAGCCAAGAGAUGUGAUCCUUCCAGUGUGUCCUGGGUCUGCCCCAGGGUCUCCUCCUGGUUGGACAUGUCCAGAACACCUCACGAGGGAGGCAGCCAGGAGGCAUCCUGACCAGAUGCCUGAACCACCUUAACUGGUUUCUCAAUGUGGUGAAGCAGUGGCUCUACUCUGAGCCCCUCCCAGGUGGCCAAACUCCUCACCCUAUCUCUAAGGGAGAACCCCGCCACCCUGCGAAGAAAACUCAUUUCUACCGCUUGUAUCUGUGAUCUUGUCCUUUUGGUCCCUCCCCACAGCUCAUGACCAUAAGUGAGGGUAGGAAUGUAGAUCACCUGGUAAAUCGAGAGCUUUGCCUUUGGGCUCAGCUCCUUCUUUACCACAACAGAUCGGUACAGCGUCCACAUUACUGCCAACGCUUCCCUGAUCCACCUGUCGAUCUCCUGUUCCAUCCUUCUCUCACUUGUGAACAAGACCCCAACAUACUUAAACUCCUCCACUUGGGGCAGCAACUCUUCUCCAACCUGUAGAGGGUACUCCAUCAUUUUCCAACUUAGGACCAUGGCCUCGGACUUGGAGGUGCUAAUCUUCAGCCCGGCUCUUUUGCACUUGGCUGCGAACUGUCCCAGUGCAAGCUGGAAGUCACAGCUUGAUGAAUUCAGCAAGACCACAUCAUCUGCAAAAACCAGAGAUGUGACUGGGAGGCCCCCAAAGCGGACCCCCUCGUCCCCCUGGCUGUGCCUAGAAAUUCUGUCCAUAAAAAUUAUGAACAGAAUCGGUGACAAAGGUAUUUCAUACCAAUAUAUUUAUAUUUAAAAUUCAGCAUUUUUUGCACUUGACAAAUAAUGGUAUUCUAACUAUGAGAUAGAAUGGCUAAUUUAUUUUUUCUUUAGUGAAUGCAAUGCACCUCUGUAUUUUUUGUUGUUAACAGUGUUUAAAUAUUACAGUAAACGGUUAUUCUUUCUUCCUUCUAUUCCUCCCACCUUCGACUGAGACGGUUUCUAUGUCUUAAAAUUAGUGCUACAGAGUUGGUGUGAGUUGCCAAAAAUAAUAUGGGAUGCUUACUGUGUUGUCUUGUUGUAUUUAUGUUUUGUAAUCAUGUUAUUUUAUGUUAACUCCUCUCCAGUAGCCCAUCUGUUCAAUUGAGUGCCUUUGUAUCCUGCAUGCCAAAUACUAAUACUUAAUGUUAAUAAUUAUGCACAAUAUUCUUGUUAUUUUAAAAUCCAUGUUGAUGGAAUACAGACAUUUUUCAGAAA